AGUGACGCCUCAGUUGGUGGCCAGCCGUGGUGGGGGACACGUCGCUCCUCCGUCACUGUGUUGUGCUCACGCCUUGUGUGGUGUUGCUGCCCUGAGAGUUCAUCAUAACGGGUUGUCUUGAAGUAAAAAAAAAAAAUGGAAGUGGUGCAAAGCACAGCUGAAGUGAAGUACACUCUCACCGUUGGUCAGUUCUCCUGCUACCGGGAGCUGGGCGACACCUUCACCACAGACUUCGUACUGUCUGUGAACGGUGUGCGGACCAGCUGGCAGGCCACUCUCACACUCUUUCAUAAAGAAAACGUGUGUGCCAGCCAAGACCCCAUGAACAGUAACAUUGGAAUAUCGCUGGAGUGUGUCAAGUGUAAUAUAAAUCAUCCUGGUAUCGAAGUGUAUUGCAGUGUUAAAGGCAGAGAUCAACACGAGAAGAGGCUGGCACGAUCUGGCGAUGGUGGCUGGAAAUGGCAGGGAAUUCUUGUUUCCAGGGUGACCCUUGAUGUGUUCAAGCUCCUGAUAGAUGAUGUGCUGACAGCUCACUUACGCUUUGUGGUGAGUGAACAUGAUAUGGCUAAAACACUGGAUUCCAGGGAACAUCUGAUUCGUCACUUAGGAAAACUGCAGAAGACUGGAGUUUACAGUGACAUAGAAAUAUUAACUAGUGACGGUAUUAGACUCCCAGCUCACUGCGCAAUACUGAAUGCCCGCUCGAACCUCUUGCAAAAGGUUCAGUCGAGGAGAGAGAGCCAUGAAUCCGAAAAUGUCAGCACAACACCUCUUGCAGGUACGAGGACGCCCAGUGCUAAGCCUUCCCUGACCAGAGCCGAGACGCCACUCAACAGUACCUUUGAAGGAGUAUCAUCAAUAUGUUGUUCAGUAACCUCCUUGUCGCCAGAUUCCUCCAGUAGCAAUUGUGGGAAAUUGCAGCUCUCAAGUGCUUCAAGCAUACUUGCUAAGGGUCGUUCUUUACCACCUAUCAGCGGCUCACCUGUUAGAUGUCUGUUCAGUUCUAGUAGAACAACACCCAGCAAGCUUGGUAUGACGUCUCAUAACAAGUACCGUCUAAAUAACAGCACGGUGUCUCCCAGCAAACUUCAGACCCCCGCUACAACGUUUCCCAGAAAGCGUCUUGUGUCUCCCAGCCAACGUCUUUUGUCUCCCACAAAGCGUUCCCUGUCUCCCACCAAACGUUCCCUCUCCCCCAGCAAGCGUCUCGUGACUUCUAGCAAGCAUCUUAGCACCCCUAGCCCUUCCUUUGCGGAGAUACCAAGCAGGAGAAUGCUCAGAACUCCAGAAAAAAAUGAUGGUGAACUACCCGAUACCUUUCACACAGAACCCCUUCCAUCAGAUGGUGGCAUAUGCUUCCCCACUGGCGAGUCAAGGACACCAUUGAAGCAACUCGAAAAUCAAUGUUUGAAAAGUCCCAUCAAGCAAGUGUUUGUUAAAGUUAAUAUGUCGUCUUCCGUCACGGAGCAACUUCUGGAGUGGAUCUACAUAGGUAAGCAAAACAGUUAUAUGUUUAUGUAAUUAAGUCAUAGUUAAGAAAAUUUUAUAAUUUGCAUAAUCUAUCUGUUUAGGAAGUUGUUUACUGCAAGUAUUGAAUUUUCGAGUUACUAGGACAGAUUUAAAGUUAAAUUAAACCAUCAACUUAAACGUUCACACAAAUGCAAAACUUCAUAGACUUUCAUUAAUCUAAUGUUGAGCGUUACAUGUUGGUUAGCCUGAUGGUCAGGCGUUUGCUAGAAGGACUAAGGAAUGAGCUUAGCAGGCAUCCUAUCCCCAACAAUGGUAAACUAUGAUACAGUUGUCAUUUGCAGUUUUAUAUUUUUGUUGAGUUUAUUUUUAUAUACUUGACGCAUCAUUUUGAUAGGUAUAUAACAAAAAUAGUUGGGCCAUUUGUUCUAGGAUUUAAUGACCUAUUUCUAAAUGUUGAUAUUUUCAAACAGUGCCAUUGUGUGACAUUUAAAUAUUUAAUUGAAGCUUUUGUACACAUUCUAGUUCGUUAGUAUUUAGAAUAAAGGUUGUAUUCGUUCUCUCAUUUGACGUUAUCCAAACUUAUUAUUUAUCCCAGUUUUUUAUUCUUCAAGGAUUUCGUCUCCAAAUUGGUACCUUGUGACCGGCUUCCUGCUCCCUACUCCUAUUAUAAUUAAUUUACUUGUUAAACUACAGUUUAAACAGUUAAAACUAGUGUACAUUUGUUGGACCAUCCCUUCACUUUGGCAAGUCAUCUGGUAGUCUUUUGUCUUAAUCCUUCUCAUAAUUUUAGCAUCAUCAGCAAACAAUGAGAGGAAUGAGCAUUCCCACUUGGCGAUUGUUUAAGUAUAUCAGAAACAAAGUAGGUUCCAGUACUGUGGGGAAAUUUGACUCGUGGGAUUUUUAUUUAUUUUAAUUCUACUUUAUAAUUUAUGAUAGCGGAUUGUAUGUUUAGUUGAGUGGACUGUAUG